ACAGCCGCUGCGUCAAGGGGCGGCUCCGGGAUGCGGGCACUGCGGUAGAGCCGGUUCCGCCCCCGCCGCCCGCCGCCCGCCGCCCGCCUCCGCUGCUAACCCCGCGGACAACCGCCGGGCCGACCACCCAGAGCCACCGGAGCCCCCUGACACCCGCCCCGAGGCACCGGUAACCCGCGGCACCCGCCCCGGUGCGUGCCAUGAAGUCGGCGGCGAGCUCGCGCGGGGGCGGUGGGGGCGGCCGCGGGGGCGGCGGCUGGGGCGGCUGGGGCGGGGGCCGAGGCGGCGGCGGCGGCGGCGGCGGCGCGGGCAAGGGCGGCGGGGGCGACGGCGGCGGCCAGGGGGGCAAGGGCGGCUUCGGGGCGAGGGCGCGCGGCUUCGGCGGGGGCGGCCGGGGCCGGGGGCGCGGCGGCGGCGGCGGCGACGGCAAGGAUCGCGGCGGCGGUGGACAGCGGCGGGGCGGCGUGGCCAAGAGCAAGAGCCGCCGCAGGAAGGGCGCCAUGGUGGUGUCGGUGGAGCCGCACCGGCACGAGGGCGUCUUCAUCUACCGCGGGGCGGAGGACGCGCUGGUCACGCUGAACAUGGUGCCGGGCCAGUCUGUGUACGGCGAGAGGCGCGUCACGGUGACCGAGGGCGGCGUGAAGCAGGAGUACCGCACGUGGAACCCGUUCCGCUCCAAGCUGGCCGCGGCCAUCCUGGGCGGGGUGGACCAGAUCCACAUCAAGCCCAAGUCCAAGGUGCUGUACCUGGGUGCCGCGUCGGGCACCACCGUCUCCCAUGUCUCCGACAUCAUUGGCCCAGACGGCCUGGUCUACGCCGUCGAGUUCUCCCACCGCGCCGGCCGCGAUCUGGUCAACGUGGCCAAGAAGCGCACCAACAUCAUUCCGGUCCUGGAGGACGCGCGGCACCCGCUCAAGUACCGCAUGCUCAUCGGGAUGGUGGACGUGAUCUUCGCCGACGUGGCCCAGCCGGACCAGUCCCGCAUCGUGGCCCUGAACGCCCACACCUUCCUGCGCAAUGGGGGCCACUUUCUCAUCUCCAUCAAGGCCAACUGCAUCGACUCCACCGCAUCCGCCGAGGCUGUGUUUGCUUCUGAGGUGAGGAAGUUGCAGCAGGAGAACUUGAAGCCUCAAGAGCAGCUGACCCUGGAGCCCUAUGAGCGGGACCACGCUGUGGUGGUCGGGGUCUACCGGCCUCUUCCCAAGAGCAGCAGCAAGUAGCACCCAGCUCAGGCUCGCCUGCCGUCUCCCCAAGCCUGCGUUGUGUUUGCUAUUAUUUUCUAUGUGUUUUCUUUGUGAGUGUUUUGUUUUGUUGUUUUUCUAUUAAACUGCAUAAAGAAACGGCA